UGCACUAUAUCAUCAACAAUGCAUCAGUAGAUGGCACUGUAACCAAAGAGCAAAUGGAUGAUUUGAUGGACGCUGAUGUGGAGGCGAGCAGUGAACUAGAUGAAAUCCUCCAGCAGAUCGUGGAAUUGGAUAAAUGGAGAGAGAUAUUUAACUCCCGCGGGUUGGAAUUACCACAGGACUAUCUUGAAAGACCGAGUGAGAAGAUCAAAUCUGAAGAGGACAGUGACGACUCUUCUAGGCCGGCCACCUCGGCCCAUCACGUCAGUGCACAGAACGAGCAGUUCACAGCGCCCUACUCCAUUCCUCGAACCCUCACAGUGUCUCCGAGUCUGGGUGGGCAACCGCUGUCACCAGAGCUGGCGGUGAGUUUAAGAAAUAUUUUGUUUGGGAACUCCUUCCAUAUAUUCAACUAUGAGUGGAAGAAAUCAUUCUUCAAGUUUCGGGAGCCUUUCUCUGACAUGGCAUAUGCUCUGGAGACUGAGAGGGGAGGAGCCUGUGCUAUUCAGAUGGUGGUUCAGGCUCAUAUUAUUAAAUAUUUGCUCUUCAACCGGUCAGUAAACUCAGAGUGCACAAUGCAAAGUAUGGUGACGGUAGGGGAGAAGGAGCAGAGGAAGGCGCUGGCAGCCGCUCUAACUGACAUCUUGUGGACAGCUGGUGAGGAGCAGACAGCCACCGUCUGCUUGGUCACGUCAGAGCGCUGUUUCACCCCCCACAUGGACUACAAACUGGACAACUUCACAGAGAGGUUGCAGAUUUUCACCUUUAAAAAGAAAGAAGAUGUUAGAUCAUUUGUAUGGGAGCACAUCCAAUGUUUUAAGGAAGAAGGAAGCCAUGGAAUCAUACUUUUUCUGUACAGCCUUAUCUUCUCCAGGACUAUUGACAGGAUACGGGCAGACUUCGAUUGUACCACCACUCAUCUUUUGCAUUUGAGCUUGGGGAACUUUGUUUGUCGACAGGCUUUAUUAAAUCUGUUGCUGACCGGCCACGCGACUCCUCAAGUCUUCAAUGGUACAUCACUAAACGAUGAGCAACACAAAGCACUCGCCCAGCCUCUCCACGGGGUUCUGACACGCAGUCAUGUCGGAUAUCUGCUCUGGAACAGAGAACAAGUCAACCAUGCACAGCUCCCGCUGGUGGGCAGCAUGCUGAAAACACCCAAGCUGCCUAUCUGGGUGUGCAACAUCAAUGGCACCUACAGUGUUUUAUUCAGCCCAAACCGUUCAUUGCUCUCUGACUGGAAAAUGGAGCAUCUUUUCCAGCUUUACUUCUACAAUGGCCAUCCAACUCAGCUCAACACAAUGCUCACCAUAGAUACACACUCCCAUCACUGGGAGGCUGAAAAUAAUGACAUUCAAGGAGACCCAGAAAAAAAGUUUCCAUCUGUAGAGAUGACCAUUAGGACCAAGUGGGAGGGAGCUGUUAUUGACUGGAAUGGGACAGUGCCUUUUUUCUGAAGAGGUUUGAAGCAGGGUCACCUGAUUUGUACCAUACAUCUCCUGGCCUGCAAUAAAGAGUAUUUUAUAGACUUUUAUAGGUUUUGAUGUGGGCUUAAUUUUUGACUUUCAUUUUGGCUUGUGAAUCUUAAUAACAUGAUUACCCUUCACAACCUGCCCAUUUGAACAUCUCAGCA